CGAGAACAUACGCCCUGCUGUUGCAGUUGCACUACACUGAUCGCAGAUCAGGGAAAGGAGAGAUGGGGAGGAGGGCGUGCUGUGCCAAGGAAGGGUUGAAGAGAGGGGCGUGGACGAGCAAGGAAGACGACAUCCUGGCCGCCUACGUCAAGGCCCAUGGCGAAGGCAAAUGGAGGGAGGUCCCCCAGAAAGCCGGUUUGCGCCGGUGCGGCAAGAGCUGCCGGCUGCGGUGGCUCAACUACCUCCGGCCGAACAUCAAGCGCGGCAACAUCUCCGACGAGGAGGAGGACCUCAUCAUCCGGCUCCACAAGCUCCUCGGCAACAGGUGGUCGCUGAUCGCAGCCAGGCUGCCGGGCCGAACAGACAAUGAAAUCAAGAACUACUGGAACAGCACGCUCGGCCGGAGGGCCGGCGCCGGCGGAGGCGGCAGCAGGGUCGUCGUCUUCGGGACACCCGACACCGGCUCACACUCACACGCCACACCGGCGGCGUCGGGCAGCUGCGAGAACGGCGCCGCCGCUCAUCGCACGGACCCCGAUUCAGCUGGCUCCGCCGCCGGGACGGCCUCGGCAGCGGCGGCCGUGUGGGCGCCCAAGGCCGUGCGGUGCACGGGCCGCCUCUUCUUCCACCGGGACCUGCUGGAGGCGCCGCCCGCGAGCGAGACGCCGACGGCCGGGGGAGGAGAAGUAGGGGGGUCGGGAGAAGGGUCGUCGGACGACUGCAGCUCGGCGGCGUCGACCUUCGCGGGCGUCGUCGACGAGCCGUGCUUCUCCGGCGGCGGCUGGAUGGACGACGUGAGGGCCCUGGCGUCGUUCCUCGAGUCCGACGAGGAAUGGGUCGUCCGGUGUCAGAUGUCCGAGCAGCCGGCUUAGACUGAGGGGGCGUUUGUAUCUUUAGUCCUGAUUAAAAUUUAUGUUACAUCGAAUAUUCGGAGGCUAGUUUGUAUCUUUAAUCCUGAUUAAAAUUUAUGUCACAUCGAAUAUUCGGAGGCUA